AUGUUGAUGUUGUUAAGCAUUGCAUUAUGGGAUCGAGCACAUGUUGAUGUCGGUCGACUGCAGUUUCGGGAGAUUCAGGAGUAGACUUAUUUCUUAAUCAAGAUGGUCAACAAAUUUUUAAAAUCCCGGAGCAAGAGGCAGACAACUCGUAUGCGAGGCAGGAUUGCCAAAAAGGUAAAAGAACACAACAGAAAGCAGAAAAGAAAGCAGAAAAAGAAUCCUAACAAAAGGAAGAGGAAGGAUCCAGGGGUCCCCAACAGUCUGCCCUUCAAAGAAGCUGUCUUGAAGGAGGCGGAGGACUUCAAGGCAAAGAAAGUAGAAAUCCAAGAAAAAUUACAACAAAAACGACAGAGGGAGAGAGAAAAGUUGCUGGCUAAGAAGAGAAAUCUGGAUUCUGUUGUGAACGAUGCUCUUAAAAAGCAGAAGGAGUUUGACAAGAAAACAACAAAGGGGGCUGAUGCCCAGAAGAAAGGGAAGGCAGUAGAGAACUCAUUGAAAACUUUCUAUAAGGAGUUCAAGAAGGUUGUGGACGCUGCUGACGUAGUGCUGGAGGUGCUAGAUGCGCGUGAUCCCCUGGGCAGUCGGUGCACGGAGGUGGAACAAGCUGUGUUGAGCAGUGGAACCAACAAGAAACUGGUGCUGGUACUCAACAAGAUAGAUUUGGUGCCAAAGGAGAACGUUGAGGCUUGGCUGAAACAUCUGCGCAAUGAGUUUCCAUCUGUGGCUUUCAAAGCUUCCACACAAACCCAGAGUGACAAUCUGGCCCGGUCAAAGAUGAAGCUGUCUGCCGUCACAGAUGACCUGCUGAAGUCCAGCCAUUGUUUGGGUGCUGAGGUGCUCAUGAAAUUACUAGGCAACUACUGUCGUAACCAGGACAUCCGAACCACUAUCAGGGUGGGUGUGGUUGGUUUCCCCAACACAGGGAAGAGUAGCAUCAUCAACAGCCUGAAGAGAUCAAAAGCCUGCAGUGUAGGCGCUAUGCCUGGAAUCACAAAGUCAAUGCAGGAGGUACAGCUGGACAAACACAUCAAGCUGCUGGACAGUCCUGGUGUGGUGAUGGCACAGAUGUCCUCGGACACCGUCACAGUCCUCAGGAAUGUUGUCAAGAUAGAGCAGUUAGCAGACCCUGUGGAGCCUGUUGAAGCCAUCCUGAAGAGAUGCAGCAAACAGCAGCUGAUGUUACACUACAAUCUCCCCGACUACAACGGAGCCAGUGAGUUCCUGUCCUUGUUGGCACGGCGACGAGGGAAGCUGAAGAAAGGUGGAGUGCCUGACGUGGAGAAGGCUGCUAGGAGUGUCAUACAGGACUGGACCACUGGUAAGAUCACCUACUACACCCACCCCCCGGAGCAGACCAGCCUGCCCACCCACCUGAGUGCGGAGCUUGUGCAGGAGAUGGGCAAGGCAUUCAGUAUCGAGGAUAUCAAGGAGGAUGAAGCCAAAAUACUACAGAGUUUAAAACCCAAGAGCAGCAGCCACGUGUUGAUGGAGUCUCUGGGCCCAGUGAAAGGAAUUGUCCAGGAGUGUGACCUGCCUGCAGAGGAGGAGGCGGCUGUAGAGAUGGAAGAGAGCGAGGACGAUGAGGACGAGGACAUCGAGAACAUGGAAGGAAGCGACGUGGAGGAGGAUGACGACGAUGAACAGGAGCUGAAUGUGAAGGUGUCGCUCCCGAGUAGUCGAGCAUCGUCCACCAAGUCAUCUACACAGGUGCUGACAGGGAGACAGGCCAAGAUGAAGAAAGAGAAGAAGGGGGAUGCAGGGAAGACGGACAUCCCACAGCUCAACAAACAGAGGAUGAAGGACUUUAAGAAGAUGAAGAAGCAGAGGAAGAGAGACGGUAAAGUUGCUGACAACCUAUCGGAUGCAUUGACAUCAGCGUUUGGAUUUGCUGGGGACAACGUGGAUGCAGAUGGAGACUACAACUUUGAUGAUGACUUCCACUGAUGUUGUGACACUAGAUACCAGUUUAUAUUGUAUAUACCUAACAGCUUGGUCGGUGGAAGGUCGGGGAUUGUACAUUACAAGAAAUAAAUGUACUCAAAUAUCA